AUGGACUCUGACACAGGACUCGGCUUGGACGGCAUAGACGACUCGAUGUCGUCGACUCUCUCCGAUCAGCUGGAGUCCCAUCCUCAGCCCUCACCUCGCGAUUCUAUUUCCAGUUUUACUAGCACCCCUACCCGAACCCUCAGUACCACCAGGAAAAAUGUCACCUCCCUCCCUGCCAAUUUACUCCCCUCGGCGCCCGCUUCUCCUCCGACACCCGCUCCAAGUCCGACGCCUCAUCAACGACCCCCAAACUGGGUCUCAUCCGAUGACGAAGAAAAUACAUUUCUGCUCAACCUUCGCAUCCACUUCAGUACCCUACCCAACAGUCGCAAACAGAAACUCCUCGAGGGACUCUUGGACGUAUGCGACAGUCAACAACUCAGCUUUGUCUCUAGUUACGUUGGUCCCCGGUUACGCAAGGACCCUUUUCUCGUCUUUCCAAAUGAACUGUGCUUGCGGGUUCUCUCCUUUAUCGAUGACCCGAAAACGCUCGCCCGAGCGUCGCAAGUAUCUAGGCGCUGGCGAGAACUGCUCAACGACGAUAUUACAUGGAAGAACCUAUGUGAAAAGCAUGCCUAUGCCGUACGAAGAAUCUCCGACGAAGACGAGAUGGAACCAUCUACACCCCGCUCCGUGGGUUUGAACUUGAAGCCCGACUCUCACGCGCUGAAUCGACGCCUGACCGCCUCAAAUGAGCCGUCGAUGGAAAGCGCCCCCGGGGCUUCCCCGCACUCUGUCCGGAGAUUCAAACAGAAAUACAUGGUUGAGUCUGCGUGGAACAAGGGUGGUCGCUGCACCCAGCGCCAUAUCACCCCGGACCAAGGCGUAGUGACAAGUCUCCAUCUCACUCCCAAGUAUAUUGUCGUCGCCCUCGACAACGCCAAGAUCCAUGUCUACGAUACCAACGGCGAUAACCAAAAGACCCUUCAAGGGCACGUGAUGGGUGUCUGGGCCAUGGUUCCCUGGGACGAUAUCUUGGUCAGCGGCGGAUGCGAUCGCGAAGUCCGUGUAUGGAAUAUGGCAACCGGGGCGGGAAUCCACUUACUUCGAGGUCACACAUCGACGGUCAGAUGCUUAAAAAUGUCUGAUCGCAAUACCGCCAUUUCAGGGUCCCGAGACACGACCCUGCGCAUCUGGGAUCUGGCCACCGGGACCUGUCGCAAUGUCCUUGUUGGGCACCAGGCUAGUGUCCGGUGUCUCGCAAUUCAUGGCGACCUCGUUGUCUCGGGUAGCUACGACACCACGGCCCGGAUAUGGAGUAUAUCUCAGGGCCGCUGUCUACGAACCCUGUCGGGUCAUUUCAGCCAGAUCUAUGCGAUUGCUUUUGAUGGCCGACGUAUCGCGACCGGAAGCUUAGAUACGAGCGUUCGGAUCUGGGAUCCUAAUUCAGGCCAGUGUCACGCUAUCCUCCAAGGUCAUACUUCCCUAGUAGGACAGCUGCAGAUGCGUGGGGACACACUGGUAACCGGCGGCUCGGACGGCUCGGUACGCGUGUGGUCCCUGACUAAGAACGCCCCCAUCCACCGGCUCGCGGCCCAUGACAACAGUGUCACCAGUCUCCAGUUUGAUAAUACUCGGAUUGUUAGCGGCGGCAGUGAUGGCCGGGUUAAGGUUUGGAACUUGCAGUCCGGUCAACUACUCCGCGAACUCUCGACUCCAGCGGAAGCUGUUUGGAGGGUCGCUUUUGAGGACGAAAAGGCUGUUAUCAUGGCGAGUCGAUCAGGGCGCACUGUCAUGGAGGUUUGGUCAUUUGCGCCUCCGCCGGAUGACUUUGAUGACUGGGUAGCGAUUGAAAGCGCUUCCAGCACACCAGGCAUUGGCUCUACCGAUGACGCCGAUUUGAGCAUCAACCCACGUCGUCGAACCCUCUUCUCCGAUCCCCCACCAACCAUCUCCAGCAGUGACGCCGAUCAACCAAUGACCGAUGCACCCUCCUAG